AUGACUAUACCCAAUAUACUAGGUCUCCGGAAGAUCUCCUUGCUGGGCUGGAGUGAUGGAGGAAACACAGCGAUGAUAUUGGCAGGCAAAGAACCGUCCCUAGUCAGUAAAAUGGUGGUGUGGGGAGGGAACUCUUAUGUCACAAAACAGGACAUUGAUGCUUUCGAAAAUAUACGGGACAUUUCAUCAUGGAGUGAUCGUAUGAGGGAGCCGUUUGAGAAGAUAUAUGGAGAAGAAUAUUUUCGGAAACACUGGAGUUUGUGGGUGGAUGCUUGUAAGGCUUACUUCACUGACAGAGAAGCUAAUAUUUGUAUGGACGACCUAAAGAACAUCACAGCUAAGACUCUGAUUGUCCAUGGCAUGAAGGACCCACUGGUGAAGAUAGAACAUCCUGAUUACAUACACGCCAACAUCAAGGGCUCAGAGUUAUUCCUGAUGCCAGAGGGAAAACACAACCUACAUAUCCGCUACUGGAAAGAAUUCAACACACUCGUCGAAGACUUCUUGAAGAAAUAAGCUGCCAACACAUUUUCUUCUUUUUUUUUUUUUUU